AUGGAGGGAGAUACUGAUGACCUCGUGACUGAUGACGUCUCCGCGAUGGAUAACCCCCAGAAAGAAGAGCAUGAAAGGCCGCUAGAGUGCCAGGCACGAGCUUGUAACCGCUGUCGACAGCGAAAGAUUCGCUGUGAUCGCUCGAUCCCCUGCUCACAAUGCAUUCGUGCAAAGACUCGAUUAUCAAUAAGUGAACAAAGAAUGGAAUAUAUGGUACAGAAGCUGGAUGAACUCAGCCAGAAGGUGGCCACAUUGAGCAAUGCUUCAUUCAUCCCGUCGGGCUCCCAUCAGUCUGCGAUUAUCGAACCAUCUCCUGUAGAUGAACGGGACCUGGAUACUCGUCCAACAUUUGUAUCUCAGCCUCGAGUCAAUAAUGAGUUAAGAAGCUGUGCGGUAGCUUCCAAAACUGAAUAUGAAGGCGGAACGUCGCUGUCUGCCCACGCCAUUUUUGCAACAAGGUACCUCCAAGACGUGGUUAGCAGCACAAACUCUGUCCAGAUCGCGCAGGAGAUGACCUCAAUUCUUGAUACUCUACAUGGCAUAGUUGACGACCAGAAACAGCAAAGGGAUACCCUUGAAAAUCUUUACCCAUAUGCCAAACCAAUACCCCAGGGCUCCAGUAUAAGACAACUUCCUCUACCCCCAGUUGAAAUGACUCUUUCGUGCUUGCGGAUGGCCAAAGAGCAACCCAGAAUCCAGCGUUUCUGGCUCAUCGAAUUGCUCUCUAUUUCGCAGUUCAACGAUUACUUCUUGAGAGUCUAUUCACCUGGGCCAGCCACAGAUGCUGAUAUGAUCAUAGUGAACGGGGGCCUUUACUGGCUUUACUGCGAGUGCGCUAGCCUGCUUGUAGAUCAAAAAGUUAAGGAAAACUACAUGUGUCAGGCUAUGAUAUGCCGGGAUAAUCUCGAGACAGUUUUGUCAAAUCUCCCAUUCCACAUGCCGGUCAACACUGAUGUUGUCUUUGCUAUGAAUGUUGCAGCAACAUACUGCCUUCAAAUGGCCAAGCCAUCAGUAUCAUGGAGUUUUAUUACCACAGCAGCCCAUCUGUGUCAAACGCUCGGCCUCCAUAGUGCUCACGCUCUAAGCACAGACAACCCAGAAACUAAGAGCCAAAAGAUUCGCCUAUUUUGGGCCGUGUUUCUCAUGGAGAAAUCAUUGUGUCUACGACUGGGUCGAUCGUCAACUUUUCGAGAUGAAGACAUCACGGCACCGCGGCCUUCUCUCGACCAGAGCAUGGAGUCACUUUUAGUUCCUAAGUGGAUUGAUUUAGCGAAAAUUCAAGGAAGGACAUACGACGAAAUCUAUAGCCCUAGUGCUCUAAUGCAGCCGGUAGAUACCAGAAUCUCCCGUGCAAGGAGCCUGGUGACCGAGGUAAAGAAACUCAUGGAUUCCGAAGAUGAGUUGGAGAGAAGAUAUAAUAACGAAAGACGCCGGGCUAUCGGAGACGAUCUCCACCAGAUUAUUCAGCGUUCAGAUAGGGUUUGCAAUCUAUCUCUACUAUCACUCAUCUAUCGGGCAAUCCCUCCUGAGAAACCAUCGGGAACCGCCUUCUGUGAUGAAUGCAUAGCUACAGCACGGGAAGCUCUCAAAGAGCAUGAAAAAUGUGUUGCCCUCAUUCUCAGUCGCCCGUGGGAUGAAGACUUUUUGGAAAUGUACAUCAACUGGACCCUACUCCAAUUUCCUUUUUUUCCUUUCAUAGUUCUUUUCUGCUACAUUGUCGAGACAUCUGAGCCCGACGACCUGAAACGUCUCGGCGCGUUUGUCGAGGUACUACAGUCAAUCCGUUCCACAGUAACUUACAAAGGUUCCAGAAACCAGGUCCGCCUUUUCCGAGCCUUAUAUGAUGUAGCGAGAAAGUACGUGGAGGUGAAGGCCAACACUCCCAGAGUACGAAUGAAUGUACCAAGCAGCAACGGCAUGGGUGUUUAUAAUGCAAACAAUAAUGCCAUAGGGUCUAGCAUGCUUCUCCAGUCACCAUCGAUGAACUCGGGCCAGGCUUCUUCUAACACGGGAGUUCUACACAGUGUGUCAGAGGCUGGUUUGUCUAACCCGUGGGUCAAUAGUGGCCAGCAGCUAUUGACACAAAUGCCUGGGUAUGGUCCCGGUGUGUACGCUCCCGCGCUCGUGCAGACUGAUUUGAAUAGUAAUAUGGCAAUGGACUUAACGGGCAUGGAGCUGGGAGACUGGUUCCAUGAGAAUCACCAGAUGUUCCGGUUGUUGGAUGAUGGACAUCUUUGGUAG